CAGCCUCCGAAUACGGAAAGGGCUCUCCCCAAAAUUAGCCCACACGAGGCGUUCCGGAACCUGAUCAGGCAGUGAAGUAGACAGCUCUAAGCGGAAUCGAGCAAGGCCGAGAGGGAGGGAAGGGACUGCGCAUGUGCAGAGCGCCGCUGAAGGAAUGGAGGUGUUGGGCGGUUGCUACGAACAGGUCCUAUUCGGAUUCGCGGUGCGGCCGGGCGAGAAGUGGGAAGCUGUUCCCGAUUUCACGCACCAUGCCCACAGUGCUUCAUUGUCAGCGCUGGCUACGAAUGAUAGAUAUGUAGUCACUGGCAGCAGGGAUGAAACCAUACAAAUCUAUGAUAUGAAAAAGAAGGUAGAACAUGGUGCACUGAUGCAGCACAAUGGCACUGUAACUUGCUUGGAAUUCUAUGGGAAUGCUCACCUACUGAGUGGAGGUGAAGAUGGCUUUAUGUGUAUUUGGAACACAAAAAGAUGGGAAUGUUUGAAAUCCAUUAAAGCUCAUAAGGGGCAUGUAACAUCCCUUUCUAUUCAUCCAUCGGGAAAGUUGGCGUUGUCAGUUGGCACAGACAAGACAUUAAGAACGUGGAACCUUGUAGAAGGAAGAUCUGCAUUCAUAAAAAAUCUAAAACAAAACGCACAUCUUGUUAAAUGGUCACCCAAUGGUGAGAUAUAUGUGGUGGUUAUAGCAAACAAAGUGGACAUCUACAAGCUCGCAACUGCUUCGAUCUCUGGCACCAUUCUUAUGGAAAAGAGAAUAUCUUCUGUAAAAUUUCUUACAGACCGCAUACUUGCCAUUGUAGGAGAUGACGAAUUUGUACGGUUAUACGACUGUGAAUCCCAAAAUUGUCUUUGUGAAUUUAAAGCUCAUGAAAACAGAGUAAAAGAAAUCAAUAGUUUUGAAAGGGAAGGUGCUUGUGUUCUGAUGACUGCAUCAAGUGACGGGUACAUUAAAAUGUGGAGCCUUGAUCUUGACCAGAUAAAGAAUGCCCCGUCACUGCUAUGUGAAGUUAAUACUAAGGCUAGGCUCACCUGCCUAGCUGUGUGGCUCAAAAGAGACCCAGAAACAAAACAGCCUUCUAAUGAAGGUACAACAACAUCCUCUCAAGUUCAUGAAGUGAAACCGCCAUUGAGUAAAAGGAAAGGAAUUUGUGGUCAGCCAUCAGAGGAAGAAAGCCAAGAGGUCCCUGUGAAACGAAAAGUUCCGGAUAUGAAGAAAAAGAAGAAGAAAAAGUUGCAAAGAUUAAAAUGAAAAUGUACUUUGUUAUCAUUUUCAAUACUGAAUAUGUAAUAAAUAAUCAUCAAUUAGUUUCA